UAACUAAAAUUUUUAUAUGAAAAAAAUAAAGACAUAGUAUACUCUCUAUAUACAUACAUAUUCUUCAAACUGUCUUUAACCGAAUUUGUUUCUGGAUUGCGACAUAUAUACAGUCGUGAGUUGUCUUUUAGUCAAUGUUAAAAAUAAUUAAAAUCAAAACAAAAUAGUGGGUGUUUUUUGUAUAAAAGAGUUAUUAAUCCACUAAAGACGAUGAAAUAAAAAAGUGGCGAAUAAGUAAUAAAAAUAAAAUAAGAAAUUAAGUCUGAAACUGUUAAAACGGUUUCGACGUACACCUAUAUCAAGCGAGACGGGACAAUGGAAGCUUGCAUACAACAAUUCUAUCUAAUUAUACUUCAUUACCUGCAGACCGUAUAAAACGUUUGUUCCAAUAUGAAAUCUGUUCACGCGCAGUCAAUUUCGUUUUGCUUUAUAUUUUGUAACCCCAAAAAUGGUUGAUUUAAUUUUUUCUUUCUCAGUCAGUGAUACAAAUAUACAUUUUGUUUGUCACUUUUAAUUUGACCUCAGAUGCAUCUAAUUAGAAAUAAUUUAGAAAGUUGGUGUACAUAUUUGUUUUUUUUUGGGGGAAAAAUAGCAAGUAAAAAAAUUUGGCCUUUUAAUGCCUAUUAGUCUAUUACUUAACCAUUGACUGUGAACUUAUAAAAAUAUUAACAAGUGCCAGUGUUUGUCGUAUUCAUAUGUAAAUGUCUGUUCAAUGUGAUACGUUAUUUUAUCAUACUCACGUUAGAGCGCAGUUUAUUCUCUGGUAUCUUUAACAAGCAGAAAAUUAUACGCGGUGGAGCGAACCAGUGGUAUCCAUUAAUUAAAAUCUAUAUAGAUAAUUGUGUAAUCCUUUGUUGAGCAAUAUUUGCAAAUAUGGUUGCAAUUUACAGUUUCUUCCUAAUGGGGCUGCGACCUUCGACUACGUUUGCACAUGCUAGGUUUUUUGUCUCAACUUUUACUACCUAAGACAUCCCAAUAAUACAUGGCAGAGUACUGGACGGACAUGGCUAAAACGACCUGUAAUUUUACAUUACAUACAUAUAAUACAUAUAUAAUAUCCCUUAGGUGCUUUUGAGAGAAAUAAGAUAUCUCCGACAAGUGAGAAAGCUGUUCUCCUUACGACAUACCUUCUGUCUGAAAAUUAUCGGAGAUCUCUCUGACGACGACGUAUGCAAUUGAUUAUUGAUGAUUGAUGAGGAUUGAUAUCAAUCCUUUAAUAUAUUGUUACAGUAAGAAAUAAAUCUUACCUAACUAGAAGAUGUAGACCCGAUUAUCUAAUAUUUAUACAAUCUGGGAAUCAUGGUAUGGCCAGAAGACUGCAACAUCUCGCUCGAGGACGGGGAUAUUUAAGUUCUUAGAAUCAGAGUCCACGUGUAUAAUAGAAUCUCUGGAUACGCAGUUUUGAUUUGGAGUCCUGUGUAAUGUGCUUUUCUCUCUCAGCCCUAUUUGACAAUGUAUGUGCGCGACUAAAUGGCUAAGGAUAUUGCAAGUAUAGAAAGGGGAGAACAAAAGCAACAGCAAACCCACCAAGAAUAUCAGCGAAGACACCAUCAAUAUACUUUAUUUGAACUUAUAGGUUUCAUUACGUUCUUGAAUCCUUUAGCUAAAAUACUUUUAAUUUUAAUAUGGACAAUAAAUGUUGGUAACUGUUUGCUGCAUCAGCGACAAAGCGAGCAACAACAACUCCUGCAACAGCAAAAUGAUUUUCUUAGCCAACCGGAAGAAAAAGGAGCAGUAUUUGUAACAGAUUGGCUUAAAAGAAAACUGUGCAAUAAUUUGACUAUUAUUAACUUUUAUUCUGUUGAAUCAACGCCUGCAAUUUGGCUAACUGAUUUUAGCCGUAAUGUAGUUGUUUCAUUUUGGGUAAAAAGUUACAAUGAAACAAAACAAACCGUCGCGUGCAACUCGAUUCAGGAUGUUUACGAAGACGACUUUUAUUAUUACAUUUGGUUGUACAAAUUGUUAAUUUAUAUGUUCGUAGCGAGCAGUUUUGAGAUUUUGUUGCUAUUGGCCAGAAACUUACACAACAUUAAUCUAACAAUAAGCCGCUGUUGGACAUCGUUGAACAUGUGGAUGCAAAGUAUUUUUUUUAGUCAUCUUAGCUGCAAGCAUUAUACAAGCAAUGCAUUACUUCACUUUGGGUGCAAGGCUACAGACUCAAGGGCUAUGUCAGAAUUGCAUCAUAACAGUAAUAUUACUAUCAAUUUUAAAAAAGGCGCAAAAAGAAGAUUAAAAUCAGAAAUAAGGAUGAUUACAGCAGCAUCUACGAUAGUAAAGACCUCGCCAAGAACAAUAGAAACAACAGUCUCACUGAAACCUCUGCUUAAAAGGAAGGGACCUCUAUCGUACGUAUUUGCUGUACUUGGCUGCCAUGUUAGUCCAUCACGAAGUUGUAGUUCCGUUAGUUGCAUGUUUCAACCGUAUUUUAAUAACGAAAACAGUACAUCAUUUGCAGUUAGUUAUACUCAAGUUAGUGCCAUGGGUGACUUUUUAUUGCUUAUGUUGUUUAUACACGUGUAUUACCAAAAACAACAGCAACAGCAGCAAUUUGAACAAUCUCAAUCAGCAACACCGCAGCGUCAUCAGUCACGCUAUUACCAACAAGAGCACAGAUCAACGAAUAAAGCAUUUUCAUAUCUAGGUGAUCAGAAAAGCUGUCCCCAACAUUGUGGUAAUAUGCAUCAAAAGUUGUGGAUGCCUACAUAUCAUGUUUGUACUGCGCCGGUAGCAAUACCAACGACUGUAAGUGCGACCGAUGACAUUAGUAUAGGAACAAGACCUUCUGCUGUUGUUCAAUGUAUUUCUCGAAAUAGUAAACUUUGUUCGUGCUUCUGUUGUAGUGGCAGUAAUUUCUGGUUGCAAUGCUGUAAUUGUUAUUGCUGCCCAUGUUAUUGCUGUUUUGCUUGCUCAUUGUGCUCCUAUACUGCGACGUGCUGUACCUCCUACAGCUGUAUAUGUUGUAGUAUAUGCGGGGUGUUCUGUCCAACGUAUCAGCAUUUUAAAGCCUGCUGUUUUAUUUACUAUUGCAAUAUGAACCACAAAAGCUGCAAAUAUUGCAAUACUUGCUAUCAAAACGGCCAUUUAAGCACCCGUGCCACCGCCCCAGUAGAAAUCGUUUGUGUGAAAUUCUCUAAAACUGGUUUAUUCAAUAGAGGUAAUUUCUUAGCAUAUUGUGCAUUUCGUGGUGGAUAUUCGCCUUAUGCAUGGACCUUACCGCUCAGAACAAUCGGGUGUUACGAAAUGCUUCAAACUGCUAACGGGUUACGCACCUAUGUAUCGUUAUCUAGCAACAAAAGUUACAGGGGAGGGGUAUUUCUAUUAGUUUACCACUAUAAUUAUUGUCAAGCUGUAAUGCAGGCGCUGUGUCAAAUGUUACCGCACAUACUAAAAUUGCACUCGUGCGAGCGCAGUAUAAAAUUUCAUCAAACACUCUGUGGCAUAGUUCCUGUUGUCGUGGCAACGAAAAUAUUGAUGUCAACUAAUGAACAUGCUCGGUCUAACCACAAGAAGCGUCGACAUCGCAAAUCUUGCUACCGAUCAACGCUAAAUCGUUUAUCACAAUCGCCUUUCUGUAAUUACAAGAAUCUAUCAACUAACAGAAGUGCUUCACCAUCUAAAUUUGUGACAUCUGUUAACAGAAUUGGAUUGUUAGCCUCACUACCAACAUCGAAUUCUCUGCGUACCAUUUAUCCUUGUGCCACAUCACCAAUACGUACAUUGCGCCGCCUUUGUGGUUCGAAGUACAAUCUGACGUGGCUGCUUAUUAGCCUUGUGUGGUUUGAAGGCCCUAAGCUAACGAAUUGCAAUGUCAUAAUUAAUUACCAGUACCAAUCCCCUCCGCCCACCAACACUAAUAACAACAAUCCGAAAGCUACCGUUACUACUAAACCGGAUGUUGAGUUCGAUUAUAAAGCUAGCAACAUGUUAAAUAGCGUUCAUAAUGUUAACAUCACAACUCUUACCAGAACAGCUAACGUUUACAAUACUGGCAGUAAGAAUAUCCAGCAAAUAUGCAGUAAUUACCAGAUGCAUACACGUGUGCAGCGCGCCUUGCCGUUUAGUAACAUAAAUCUAUCAACAAGUGCCUCAAAAUUGAAUGUUUUAUGGCGAGAACACUCAUUUUCUAGAUCAAAAUUCGAACACCACGCCCAAAGCGACCAAUUACGUUUGGAAUCGAUUAAACAGCAAAUAUUGUCGAAACUGGGCCUUACUAGAAAACCCAAUGUUUCUCAUCCGUUGCCAAAACAAUUUAUAUGGGACACGAUUUAUAGGGCAGAUGGUAUCAAUAGCUUUAGUGAUUUCACUAUCAAUCACCACCAUAUAUCUCAGCAUCGUAUGCAUGAUUUGUUACGGGUAUUUUCGGUUUUCAAUACAAACCUGAGAAAACAGCAGCGCGCCAGUCCCAUAUUAAAGGUGAACAAAAAAUCGCUAGAGGACUUUGUUAAUAAAAAGAAAUCUAAACAUGAUCAACAUCACUACCAUCCUCAUAAUAAUAAUAGUAAUAAUAAUGAUAAAAUACUUAAAUAUCAACAUGCACACACAACAAACAUGUUAAAUUAUAACACAACAACAGCAACAACAACAAACCCAACAACAGUAACAAAACCAACAACAACAAUAAACCCAAAAAGCAUACAUCAACUACAACAUGAAAGACAUGAAGGUUCACAACACCUCCAAAAUCAACCGAAAAAUCGAUUACAAUAUAUACAUUACCGACAACAACAACAACCACCACAACAAACGCUAAAACACAAUAAUAAGAAUAUUAUCAACAACAAUAUGAAAUAUAAAUUGCCAAAAAUCCGUCACAGAGGCAGCGAGAGCAACAGCAACAACAGAUACAAUGACCGAAGAACGUUUACAUAUCUAACGGAUAUCAGUAGUGAUGAUAGCUUAAAGAUUAAUUACGAUAAUAACUUCGACAAAGAGGAUGUAGAUAAUGAAUCUACUCUUAAAUACCACCAUUACGUAAUGAAUGCCGAUACCAACUCAUAUGCUGAUGAGGAUAAUGAGGAUUUCUUCGGUAGUACCCAAGAGAUCAUAACAUUCGCAGAAAAAGGAAGCAUGUAUAAGCAGCACCGUCUUGUCGAGUUUUCAAGCCAGAAUAGCGAAAUGUUGGGCCAAAAACUGUUUGUUCGCAAUGCUGAAAUUCAUAUUCGAAUAGACAGAGUUAUGCCGAAAGUUAAGCGGGGGAAACGCACAGGGAAUAAACAUAAAAGACUGAAAAUAUGGCUAUUUCAAUUGCUCGAACGGAACACUACACAUAAGGUCUUCGACCCGUUAACACGAUUCUGUGGAUCAUUCGAAGUCGAUACAUCACAACUGGGAUGGCAAAAGUUUGAUAUGACCUCAACUGUAAAAGGAUGGUAUGCUCACCAUCAGACUAAAAAACUUCGCUUGCUUAUAGACUGUACAGGUUGUGGCAAACUAUACACUCUUCAAUUAUUCGAUACAUUUUCCAGUAACGUCGAUCUAGCUCAACGCCAACAACUUGUCAACGUAAGUGGCAACGACAUUUUUGGUGCAAAUUGGUCGAACUUGACUCAUGCCGAAAAUGAGAAUCUGAAUACUUUCCAUUUGAAUUCUGGCGGGAAGCGUAAUCUAACGAUAGUUGAAAAAAGGAAGUAUUCAUACGAUACCAGCCCCUUUAAAUCUAAUAAGAUCGUAAAAUAUCACAAUGAAAAUGGAAACAACGAAAAUACUGUGUAUAUAAAAAGCGUCGAUAUCGACUCGAAUAAGGAAAGCGUGAAUCCGAACCGACCAUUUUUGGUGUUACAUACGGAAACCAAACGCCAGCGUCGAAUACGGCGCCGUGCUAUUAACUGUAAUGGAGCUUUGCAUGGACAGUGUUGCAAGGAGUCUUUUUAUGUAUCUUUCAAGGCUCUCGGUUGGGAUGACUGGAUAAUUGCGCCACGAGGUUAUUUCGCAAACUAUUGUCGUGGAGACUGCACUGGACCCUACCGCACACCGGAUACGUUUCAAACGUUUCAUGCCCACUUUAUCGAAGAAUACCGUAAAAUGGGUCUCUUAAACGGCAUGCAACCUUGUUGUGCACCGAUUAAAUUCUCUAGUAUGUCACUGAUUUACUAUGGUGACGAGGGUAUAAUUAAGCGCGAUCUGCCAAAAAUGGUGGUGGACGAAUGUGGGUGUCCAUGAUACAGGUACUACAGUUCGAAUCUUAACGACAGUUGCAAGUAUAAAAAAUUCGCUUCUUGUGUGUAAAUUAAUGUAUAUACAAAAAAAUGAACUAUGUAAACCUAA